GGUGCAUUGUGAUUGUGCUCGACAUACGAGUCGACAUUUGUGUGCUUUAUGGCUAAUCGGUGUGCUGAAUCGGUGUGCUGACUAUUUGCUUUUGCUUUGCUAGCUCGCUCGCGGGAUACUUAGUUUCUUCGCUUCGUUUCUCCUUAGUUUACGGAUCAUCAUCCGUUUGAAGGAGUUCUAAGACGGCUAAUCACUCGUAUCCGACUAGGAGCAAUCAGAGAAGACAGAUGGAACAGAUUCAGGAACAGAUGGCUGAGAUGAGAGCUCAAUUGACAGAGCAGAUGAAUGCGCAGAUGGCGCAGUUUAUGGAAGCAUUGACUAAUGUGACCAAGGGGCAGGAUGACUUGCGAGUUCUCGUUGAGAAUUCCAGAAGGGUUGAGAAUGGAGGACAUUCGAGGCUGUUUGACGAUGUGUCUGGCAGGAUUGAUGAUCAUCACGAUCCGAAUGAGUUUGACCGCUUGGGAGGGCACUAUAAUCCUUUCAAUCAGAAUCAUGGGUUUCCACCUCCACCUCCGUCUCGUCUGUUGGGAAGGAGAGAUAAUCAGAACCGUGAUAAUUUGGAUUUCAAUGUUGAGAACUUUGACCAGGUAUCGAGGCAUAGUGCUGAUGGUGCACCUGAAGAAGCUGAGAGGUAUCGUCUGAUUGAAGAACGUCUCAGAGCUGUCGAAGGCAAAGGGGUGUUAGGCCUGGAUAUCAAUGACUUGGGACUGGUUCCUGGUGUGAGGAUUCCACCGAAAUUCAAAGUGCCAUCUUUUGACAAGUACAAUGGAGCGACUUGUCCCAUGACUCAUGUCAAAGCAUACUAUCGCAAGAUGUCAGUUUAUUCGGAGGAUGAGGGUUUUCUAAUGCAUUUCUUCCAGGAUAGCUUGGCUGGGGCUUCCUUGGAGUGGUAUGUUCAACUCGAACGCACUCAUAUUCAUUCUUGGAGAGAUCUUGUGGAGGCUUUCAUUAAGCACUAUCAGUACAAUGUUGACAUGGCGCCUAAUCGAACUCAGUUGCAGAGUUUGGUUCAAGGAUCUAAAGAAUCUUUCAAAGAGUACGCGCAGAAAUGGCGCGAGUUAGCCGCAAGAGUUCAGCCACCGAUGACUGAGCGUGAGAUGAUUGACAUGUUCACCAGUACUUUGUCUGGACACUAUUACUUGGCCUGUAGUGCUUCAGCCAACUUUUCUGAAAUGGUGAGAUAUGGCGAACGUGUUGAGAUGGGUCUAAAGAUGGGGAAAAUUCAGUUGGGAGCUUCUUCUAAUUCUGCUAGUGGUAAGAAGCAAGCUGAGGGUUAUGCCAGAAGGAAGGAAGGUAAUGCGGAUGCCAUAUAUGGAAGGAGGGGUUCGGGGAGAAGCAAUUCACAGGUUAAUGCUGUCAUGAUCCCAGUGCCGCAGCAACAACAACAACAUCAACAUGGACAACGUUCCGGUAAUGAUCGUUAUCCUCCCAGGACUAGGCCUCACAGAAAGAUUGAUCCGAUUCCUAUGACCUAUGCUCAGGUGCUGCAACAUUUGCUUAAGAUUGAGAAGAUUACUUUGAGAGAUGCUCCGAAUGCUCCGGACACACAAUCUCCGAAUUACAAUGCAAACGCACGAUGUGCUUUCCACUCAGGUGCCGCUGGUCAUGAUACAGAGAGGUGUAUUGCAUUGAAGAACAAAGUACAAGACUUGUUGGACCAGAAAGUUAUUCAGUUUACUCAGACGCCUAAUAUUGUCAACAAUCUGAUACCUACUCACGGAGACUCGGGCGUGAAUGCUAUUGAGAAUGAAGGUAUGAGUGUAGUGUCUGAUGUGGGCCGUUUGACUUUGCCGUUGCUAUCCGCGAAGCAGUAUCUGAUUGAUAAUGGAAUAAUCCCGGAUUGUGGAAUUGAUUGUGUGAAUUGUAAAACUCAACCUGAAGGCUGUGAUGAAUUGAAGAGCACGAUUCAGAAAUUGACGAAUGAGGGUCCUUUGCAAUUUUAUCGAAAGUUGAACAAGAGGCUUGCGCCUAUACCGGAAGAUCUCAACCCGAUCAAGUUCGUGAGUGGGGGUGUCAUUCAAGAUGGUCAGGUUAAUGCCAUUGUCAAUGGCGAAGAGGUGGAUAGUGAUUGUGAAUUUGAUAGCUGGAUCCGUCCAAGUAUUCCUGGAGAGAUGCCUAGCAACUGGACGAUUGAAGAUGUCAUCCAAGUGGCACAAGCUCAGGAAUGUCCCACUACCACGGAUUCCAUUGGUAACAGUUCCGCUAUUGCUUAUUAUGAUUUUGACAAUCCGAUCUACCAAGCCGAGGAGGAAGCUUAUGAAGAUUGUGAUCUCCCCGAUGAGUUGGCCAGAUUGUUGAAACAGGAAGAAAAGAAAGCGAUUCAGCCGCAUCAGGAGGAAAUUGAGAUGGUAAAUGUUGGCACUAAAGAGCAAGUCCGAGAAGUCAAGAUAGGGGCUGUGCUUGAGAAUAGUGUGAAGCAGAGGCUUAUUGUUAUGUUGAAAGAGUAUGCGGAUAUCUUUGUUUGGUCCUAUGAGGAUAUGCCUGGUCUUGAUACAGAUAUUGUGGUACACCGCCUGCCUCUCAAGGAAGAUAGUCCUCCUGUCAAGCAGAAGCUUCGAAGGACUCGCCCAGAUAUGUCUGAGAAAAUUAAGAAAGAGGUUGAGAAACAGUUUGAUGCUGGCUUUCUGCAAGUUGUGAAUUACCCGCCGUGGGUUGCGAAUAUUGUUCCUGUACCUAAGAAGGACGGAAAGGUCAGGAUGUGUGUUGAUUACAGAGAUCUGAAUAGGGCGAGUCCGAAAGAUGAUUUUCCUCUUCCCCAUAUUGAUGUGUUGGUGGAUAAUACUGCUCCUUUCAAAGUGUUUUCCUUCAUGGAUGGCUUCUCUGGGUACAAUCAGAUCAAGAUGGCACCAGAAGACAUGGAGAAAACAACGUUUAUCACACCGUGGGGAACUUUCUGCUAUAAAGUUAUGCCUUUUGGGUUGAAAAACGCAGGGGCAACGUAUCAGCGUGCCAUGGUGACUCUUUUUCACGACAUGAUUCACAAAGAGAUUGAAGUGUAUGUCGACGACAUGAUUGCAAAGUCUCACACUGAAGAAGAGCACUUGGUCCAUUUGCAGAAGUUGUUUGAAAGGCUUCGGGAAUUCAGACUGAGGUUGAAUCCAAACAAAUGCACUUUCGGAGUGCGAUCCGGAAAGUUGUUGGGCUUUGUUGUCAGUGGAAAAGGUAUUGAGGUCGACCCUGCAAAAAUAAAAGCUAUACAAGAGAUGCCUGAGCCGAGAACAGAAAAAGAGGUUCGUGGUUUCUUAGGGAGAUUGAACUACAUUGCUAGAUUCAUCUCUCAUCUUACGGCCACUUGUGAACCAAUUUUCAAGUUACUAAGAAAAGAUCAGACGGCCAGGUGGAAUAAUGAUUGUCAAAGAGCAUUUGAAAAAGUGAAAGAGUAUCUGCAGGAACCUCCGAUACUAAUGCCUCCAGUUCCAGGAAGGCCUUUGAUUAUGUACCUCACAGUUCUUGAAAAUUCAAUGGGAUGUGUGCUGGGUCAACAUGACGAGUCUGGCCGAAAAGAGCAUGCAAUAUACUACCUUAGCAAAAAGUUUACCGACUGUGAAUCCCGAUACUCACUGCUCGAGAAAACUUGCUGUGCUUUGGUGUGGGCUGCUCGCCGGCUGAGGCAGUAUAUGUUGGUUCACACCACCUUGUUGAUUUCCAAGAUGGAUCCUAUCAAGUAUGUUUUUGAGAAGCCCGCUCUUUCCGGAAGAGUAGCCAGGUGGCAAAUGAUCUUGACUGAAUAUGACAUCCAAUAUACUACUCAGAAAGCCAUCAAAGGUAGUGUGUUGGCAGAUUAUCUUGCGCAUCAGCCAGUCGAAGAUUAUGAACCGAUGAAGUUUGAAUUCCCCGAUGAGGAUGUUCUGUACAUCAGAGAUUGUAACAUUCCCGGACCGGAGGAAGGACCCGAACCAGGAUCGCGAUGGACGCUCGUGUUCGAUGGUGCCUCUAAUGCACUCGGGAAUGGUGUUGGAGCUGUAAUUACUUCUCCAUCAGGUUUUCAUAUUCCGUUUACAGCCAGAAUCUGUUUUGAUUGCACUAAUAACAUGGCUGAGUAUGAAGCUUGCAUCUAUGGCAUCGAAGCUGCGAUCGAUUUGCGAAUCAAGUACUUGAAGGUUUAUGGGGAUUCCAAUCUUGUCAUUAGCCAGAUCAAUGGAGAUUGGGAAACUCGCCAUCAGAAUUUGAUUCCAUACAGAGAGCAUGUGAUGAGACUCAUUCCGUAUUUUGAUGAGAUCACAUUCGAGCAUAUUUCUAGAGAAGAGAACAAUCUUGCUGAUGCUCUCGCUACUUUGGCUUCCAUGUUCAAAGUGAAAUGGGCCAAUGAAGCGCCUAACAUCACCAUCAAUAGGUUGGAUGAGCCGGCAUUCUGCUUUGAGGCUGAUGUUGAACUGGAUGGAAAUCCCUGGUAUCAUGAUAUAAAAAAGUUCCUCGAAACUCAAGAGUAUCCUCCCGAAGCAUCGGUGACUGAUAAGAAGUUUCUGAGAAGGUUCGCAGCUAAGUUUUACCUCAACGGUGGGGUGUUGUACAAGAGGCAUCAUGACGGUGUGUUGCUCCGAUGUGUUGUGAAGGAAGAAGCUUCGAAAAUCAUAGAGGAAAUGCACGAAGGUGAGUUUGGUACCCAUUCAAGUGGGCAUACAAUGGCUAAGAAGAUCUUGAGGGCUGGUUACUAUUGGUCCACUAUGGAAACUGAUUGUCAUAACCAUGUCAGAAUUUGUCACAAGUGCCAGAUUUAUGCUGACAAAGUGCACGUGCCGCCUGUGCCUUUGAAUGUUUUGACUUCUCCGUGGCCUUUUGCAAUGUGGGGCAUUGAUAUGAUUGGAGAGAUUAAGCCUACUGCUUCUAAUGGACAUCGCUUCAUUUUGGUUGCCAUCGAUUACUUCACCAAGUGGGUUGAAGCCGCAUCUUAUGCGAAUGUCACCAAGCAAGUGAUUACUCGUUUUAUCAAGCACAACAUAAUAUGCCGUUAUGGGAUUCCUGAGAAGAUCAUUACUGAUAAUGGAUCAAAUCUCAAUAACAAGUUGAUGAAGGAGCUUUGUGAGUCCUUCAAGAUCAAGCAUCACAAUUCUUCUCCGUAUCGUCCAAAGAUGAAUGGCGCUGUUGAAGCGGCCAAUAAAAACAUUAAGAAGAUUGUGCAGAAGAUGGUAGUGACCUACCGAGAUUGGCACGAGAUGCUCCCUUUCGCUUUGCAUGGUUAUCGCACCUCUGUGCGUACAUCGACUGGGGCAACUCCUUUCUCACUUGUUUAUGGUAUGGAAGCGGUAUUGCCUGUUGAAGUUGAGAUUCCUUCCCUGAGGAUCAUGAAAGACGUCGAGCUUGACGAGUCAGAAUGGGUGCAGAAUCGAUUGGAUCAGUUGAAUCUCAUUGAUGAGAAGCGUUUAGCGGCCAUUGGUCAUGGUCAAGUGUACCAAAAGAAGAUGAGAAAAGCUUUUGACAAGCGAGUGCGACCCCAAAGCUACAAACCAGGUGACCUGGUACUCAAAAGAAUCAUCCUUCCUCAGGGUGAUCCACGAGGCAAGUGGACUCCGACGUAUGAAGGCCCCUUUGUUGUGCAGAAAGUGUUCUCUGGCGGCGCCAUGAUGCUUGCAACUAUGGAUGGCGAGAACUUUCCGCACCCUGUGAACGCGGAUGUAGUCAAAAAAUACUUCGCAUAGACCUGAUAAAAAAAAAAAAAAGAAAAAAAAAGAAAAAAAGAAAGAAAGAAGAAAAAAAAUAGAAAAAAGGAGAAAGAAAAAAAAAGAAGAAAGGAAAAGGAAGAAAAAAAAAAGAAAAUGAAUCAGGCAAAAGAAUGAAAAAAAACAAAUAUACCCGCUAAGUUGAAAACCCGAAAGGGCGGCUUAGGCAAAAAAGGGACAAAAGCGAACGACUACAUCUCGCAUGCCACCGUGGCAAUCACUCUUCAUACAUGCUUAGGGCUCCCGACCGAGGGAUAAGCAAGACUCCGUGUUCUUGAGUUUGCACCUGGCAACUCAAAUCCCUAAAGCAUGCGCAACAUCCAAUCACUUUGUUUAGGGCUCCCGACCGAGGGAUAAGCAAGACUCCGUGUUCUUGAGUUUGCACCUAGCAGCUCAAAUCCCUAAAGGCACUCUCAAACCCUGUCGGGUCCACAAGUUCAGUGACGUCACCAAUCAGUUGUAAAUCGGGCAGUGAUCAAUCCUAAUGAGUACGGUCUUCCAAAGCAAGGAGAUGAGAACGUCGGAGUUAUAAAAGUGAUAGCGGGAUCGAAACCAAUGGAUAUCCGUUUCACAUUGCCAUUUCUCUUGUACUCAAUAAAUUGUGGUUACCUCUUACUAGGAACUGCUUCAGAAAUGUAUUCGCCCUCUUUCGGGCAUGUUUAAUAAACUUCUUUUCAUCUCAAAAGCUGUUUUCUUUUACUGUUUUGUUUGCAUAAAACGUCCUGAGUUUGUGUUAAACUUUGCAUUUGAAAACUGCAUUGCUUUUACAAUACAUGAUUAGAAAUGAAACCUUUGAAUCUACUUCAAAGUUUUGUGUAACUGGGAUGGCAGGCUAAGAUACCAUGCUAUAUCCUGGGGCAUUUGCAUUUGUUUGUCUCACAGGUACAUGCUUGCAAGCGCUUCGUAUCAGCAUAUCGGCGGACUUAAUCAUGAGAGAUUCUCACUCCCCAGCCGAGUGCUUCCUAAUGAGGGAUUCUCACAUCCUCAGCAAAGUACAGCCUAACGCAUUCACUAUGCUCCAGAAGCCGUAUUCCCGGCAGAACGCUUUCUCCCCAGUUGAGUCAUGAUAGAAUGGUGUCUGAUUCUCCAGCAAGCUUUUAAUGAGGUUCCUUGCCUGAAUGCCUCAUUUUCCCCAGUAGAGGGUUUUCUCUCCCUAACAGGUUGACCUGUUCUCCCCAGGAGAGUCAUCCUAUUUCCCAGUGGAAUGGUCUUAACGAAGGUUCUUAUGUCAAGUUCCUUAUUCCCAGUGGAUCUCUCAUAUCCUCAGCAGCUUGCGUUGCAGAAGUGUUCAUCUCCCCACUGAGUUCUCUCUUCAGCAGAGGUUUGCAUGCAUCCUCAGCAGAAUCUGCAUCCUUCGAGGAUUUCCCCAGCGGAAUACUUUAUCCCCUAGCAAGUCUGUCACUCCUCACCAGAGUUAUCUUCAUGGCUUGCUCUUAUCUCCACAUCCCCAGUGUGUUGAAGAUUGGCUUCUCCAGCAAGGUUCGCCAGAAUAUUCCCCAAGUUCAGUGGGAUGCUCUUAUCCUCAAGCAGGAUUCAUUCCCCAAGCAGAGCUCGCAUCCAGAUUUGAUCGUCUCCAGCAGAUUUCUGAUCCAUCUUUGCCAGCUCGCAGUUUGUGACUUCUGGUCACUCGUCUUGUUCUCCCCACAGAGUUCCAUGCUCUCUCCAAGACUUCUUCAGCAAAUCAGUGCUCCUCCGCUGUUUCCCCAAGCAGCGUCUGAAUCAUGCAUCAUUCGCAUUGCAUUCUCUAGGCGUGUAGCAUUUCCAUUCUCGGAAUGCUACUCCAUAACACAUUCAUACAUACAUCAUGCAUAAAUCAUAUCAUAUCCGUUUCUUUCUGCAGGAAAGUUAUGAAGAUACAAAUGCUCCCCGGAGAGCAAUAUUCGCCUAGUCGUUACAGGCGCUUAUCCUGAUGCUUUGUCAUGCAGAAGAGGAUUGUUCUACUUAUUUUCUGACGCAGUUCAGAUCAGUUCAAAGACAUUCCUAUUCCCGAUGUCCCCAGAUCGGUGGAAGAUAUUUGUUCCUAUUCCUGAUAAAUCAGACUUUCAGUUGAAGGAACCGCCUCCGGAUCUCCCAAGAUCUUCCGAAGGAGCAAGCCCUCUGAUGCAUCAGAUCAGUUGGAAAUAUCUACUCCCUGACGAUUUAGUUCGUUCAGAAGAAGAAACUCGUUUGCCCAGUCCUGAUACCCUACUAUCAGUUGAGGACGUUUUCUUUACCCGGCGUACACAGUUCGGAAGAAACAUCCGUUCCUAUCCUAAUAUCCAGUUUCAGAUUAGUUGAAGGAACCGCCUCCGGAUCUCCCGUGAUCUUACGAAGGAGCAAGCCACUGAUAUCAUCAGAUCAGAUGGAGAUGUUUGCCUGAUCGACUUUGUCUUUCAGAUGAAGAUUGUCCUACUUAUUUUCUGGCAUCAUGUCUAGAUCAGUUUAAAGGCAUUCUUUCCCCGGCGUACACAGUUCGGAAGAGAUAUUGUUCCUAUCCUGAUUUCCCGUUCAGUUGAAGGAACCGCCUCCGGAUCCCCGUGGUCUUACGAAGGAGCUAGCCGCUAAUUCCCAGAUUAGUUGGAAUAUCUACCUGAUGAUUUAAUUGCAUCAGAAGAGAUGUCUGCCCAGAUUCCCAGAUCAGAGAUAACUAUUACCCGUUGAUGUCCAGAUCAACCGGCGUAUCUCCCUCGAUUCCCAGAUCGACUUAAGACAUCUAUCCCGAUGCAUGUUCGGAGACAUCUGCAACGCCUGAUACUCAGAUCAGUCGAGAUGUUCCUUCUCUUGAUGCCCAGAUCAUUUGAAGUGUUUUCCCCUGCCUGUGGGUGCCCGUUCCUCCUUUUUCACAAGUUGGAGCAUAUUUAUUAUCCAAAUCAAUUGAAGUUUUUUCCCCUGCUCGCGGGGUGGUACAUUCCCUCUUAUUACGAGAUGGAAUCUUCUAUUGAUCAAGAGCGCAAAUUUUCGAGUUCAUCCUGGUAUUCAAUCUCCUUCCACCUCAACGGUUCGAAACUUUCGUUUCUCACUCGUCAGGUUCAAGAAGUUUGAAUAGGGGCAGCUGUUGCACCCCAAAAUUUGCCCUCUUUAUUGGAGCUAUAAGUUAAUGAUGACGUUUAUUUCGUCAUUCAAAAAUGAAAGGAAAAUAAUAAAGAGUUUCAUGGGUUUAAGAGGUUAAAGUGUGAAAGAAUGGUUUAAACGGUGAAAGUACGAGAAAAUUCAUAAAUACUAUCUGGAAGGUGAUAUGAGUUAAAUUCCCGCGUUGUCCCCAUUGUUUCGACAAGAUCUACAACUUUCGUGUUCGGCUCGGGAGCCAAUUCUUUAAGGAAGGUCUUCAAACUGGCAGAUUACUUGAGGUUUCAUAGUGAGAAAUAGUGCUGAAUGUAGGGUUUUGCGCCUCGGAAAAUUCAUAUCUCCUAAUCCGCUCGCCGGAUUCGCUUGAAAAUUUAACUGAAGCUCCGUGGCAUCAUUACCAAGAUUUCAUAUGUUCGGACCGAAGGCCAAAUAUGCAUGGAAAAUUCCCAGAAUUUUAAAGAUCGUCGCGUUGUUUCGGUAAAAAGUGUGUUUUCGAGUAUGUCGCGCCGAGUUCGAAAAUUCAUAACUUCUUCGAUUUUUAUCGUAUGAAGUCCAUUCCGGCGGCAUUCUCUCAGAAAUUUCGUUAGCUUCGAUUCUUCGUCACACAUGCCUGUUCAGAUUUUGAGCCGAAGAUAAGGUUUUAUCGAGUUCUUUGAGCGGUACUCACAAAAUUUCGCAUAGUCGCGCCAGAUGAAUCGACGUUUCUCGUCAUUCAAACCGGCGUACAUUCUUCAUCGCUUAUCGGAUUGAGGUGAUUCUCGCGGCGGCGGGUCACAAUUUUAGUCAUCUCCAAGUGGACGGUGGUUUCGUUCCGGAAUUCCGAGCCGAACCGAGUUUCCUUAAAAGCGAGCCAAAAUGAGACGAACCGAGGGCAAUUUGGACAUUUCGCGUUGACAAUAUAUAAACAUUUUGCUCUUCACAAAUCAGGGGGGGAUUCUCAUAAUUUCAACUCACCAAUUCUUCACAAACACAUUCUCUCAAUUCUCUCUCAAUUCUCUUGAAUCAAAACCACAAAUUACAUAAAACUUUCAUCAAUUCUCAUCAAAUUUCAUCAAGAUCAAGAACAUGGAUUGAAGAAAUCAAAAUCCGAAGUUCGAAUUCUCCUCCUUCCUCUCCUUGAUCUUGCGCGCCCCCCUCUCCUUCUCCCUCCGGAUUCGCUUUCGAGUUCGUAUCGCGUUCGUGUCGUGUUCGUGUGUUCGCAUUCGUGCUUCGGUUAGAUCUUCAUUCGGUAAGCCUUGAACCAUUGAAUUAAUUGCUUAUUUGUUGAUUAUAUGUGAAUUCAAAUCUAGAUCUACUCUUUGUUCUUGAUUAAUGGAUGAUUGAUAAUGAUUGAUCGGUGAAUUUACGUAUUCUUGUCCGAGUUGAUCGUGUUCAUGUAAAUUGUGAUCGGAUUUGAUGUUGAUUGAAUAUGAUUGAUAUCCGUUGAUAAUGAAUUGUGUUGUUCGUGUUCGGAUCCGUGAUUUGUUGUUGACUUUGUGUGCAUAAUUGUUGUUGAUAGUUUGUGUUGCUUGCGAUGUACUCAACGUGUUUGUAUAAAUGCAUGUGACGCACUUUUGCUCGAUAUUUGCUUUAUUUGACGCGUCGCACUUAGCAUAAUUGUCGACAUGAGGAUCAUUUGAUGUGUGGACGCAUGUAAAUUGUGUUGUUGAUGUUUGCUUGCGCUUAAUUGGUACGUUUUGGAUUGAGUGCGAAUGGCUCCAAGGCCUUUAAAAUGCUUAAAAAUCUGUUUUUACACGCCAGGAACCGGGUUGUCCCAGGCGGGAACCGGUUCCCACUCAAUCCAAAAUUGCUAAUUUUCUGUGUUUUCACGCCAGGAACCGAGUUGUCCCUAGGUGGGAACCGGUUCCCAGCUGUCUAAAGGUUGUGUUCUCUGUGUUUUUGUAUGGGGAACCGGGUUGUCCCUAGGUGGGAACCGGUUCCUGGCUUGCUAAUUUUUGUGCUCUCUGGUUUUUUGUAUGGGGAACCGGGUUGUCCCUAGGUGGGAACCGGUUCCCAGCUUGCUAUUUUGACCUUUCUCUGUGUUUUGUACCAGGAACCGGGUUGUCCCUAGGUGGGAACCGGUUCCCAGUUUCAGCCUCUGACUUUUUGUAUGGGGAACCGGGUUGUCCCUAGGUGGGAACCGGUUCCUGAGUAUAAUUUUUGUGUUUUUCUUUGCUAACUUCUAUCUUGCGUAACUUUUCACUCGUAGUUCCGAUUUGCCCGUUCCUUAUAUCGUCGGAAAGCUUAUGAGAUGUACUAUCUAGCUAGAUACUUUGUUUUCAUUAAUUUGUAGAUCAUUCAUGUUUGAUUUCUCUUUGAUGUUUCAUUGUCCAUUUCAUAUUUACAUUACUUGUCCGUUUCUUUUCGCUUUAUGAUAAUAACGCAAUUCCGAUUGCGAUGUUUGUUAUCUCUAACCUGUGUGCUAGUGUGCAAGGCAUUUGGACGGUCACCGAUUGAUACUCAUUGCUUGAGUGUUCCGCUUCAAUUGCGGAAUACAAUUCUAUCUCAUUUACUCGUGUCGUGCUCUCACCCUGGAGACACGCCUGUAUUACUUUAUGUCUGCUUGUUUGGUUUGCUUGUUCCUCUUGCAGGUGCAUUGUGAUUGUGCUCGACAUACGAGUCGACAUUUGUGUGCUUUAUGGCUAAUCGGUGUGCUGAAUCGGUGUGCUGACUAUUUGCUUUUGCUUUGCUAGCUCGCUCGCGGGAUACUUAGUUUCUUCGCUUCGUUUCUCCUUAGUUUACGGAUCAUCAUCCGUUUGGUAUUGAUUCCGUUUCAUUUUACUUUUCCCGCACUUUACCGCUUUCUCGCAUCAUCCUUUAACAUGAGAAGUAGGACUUAGACAUGCAUCUGGCCAAGCCCUCGAAAGAGGCUCUGUUUUUGUUGGUGUGUUUAUAUUUGUGCUUUGCGGCAGGGAGUCACGGUGUAAUAAGUCCUAUAUGGCACUCCGUUAAGUCCUCAUGGAAGGCAUGCGGUCAAGGGUUCGUAAUCAACCCCCGCCUAGUCUCAUCGAGUCUGUUCAUUAUGCGCACGCCUCGCGUCGCUUGCUUUUGAACGUGCAAAAGAUCUUGUUAUCGAGUAUGUCAGGUAAAGGGUUCAUGCAAUCGGACCCCCGCCUUUCUUAUAGCUCGCGUCGCUCGACGUUGAUGCUCGGUGUACGCACGCACCGUUUUCCUUUACGAUCCGUGACGGCUUGGUUGCUGAGAGGGGUCCGCCUUCUUGUCUAUGGCCCGAUCAUUUUCGCGAGGUCUGAUGCUUGGUUGACUUGGGUUGAGCUGCUCCCCUUGGCUAUGGCGGGACCGCCUUUCUACCAUUUGGCCAGUGCCUUUGGUUUGUUUGCUUCACGAGUGGAUGCUCGUUUGUGUGCUAUAUUGUUUGCAUUCGCUUUUCCCCCGUAGGUUGUUUAGUUUAGUUUAGACUGAUACCCUUUGUAUGAUAACAUUAGGUAGCAAGCUUUCCCCUUAGCUUAGGUCUUCCUCAUGCAUCCUUUAAAACACAAACCACACUCUUUGAUUUUCUUUUCUUAAGAGCUUGUUAUUUCCGCUCCAUUCCCAAGCGUAAGCCUCCAAAGGUCGAGCAGCGGAGUGUGAAUGUAACUUGUUCACCUAAAAAACACAAAACAAACAGAAAUUAGUUAGCCGAGCUACGGUAGCUCUGAUUCUGCAAAACAGAUACGUAGGCAGCGGGGUAGGGCCCGUGCGAGCACAAUCCUUUCUUUUCCCUACAUUCUGCAUUCAUUUUAGUCCAGAUUAGCGUAGUUUGCUUACACACCCAUAGAUUUAGACACAGGCGUGGAUACCAUCGAGUACGAUGGGCGCGAGGGGUGCUAGCACCUUCCCCUCGCGUAACCGACUCCCUUACCCUCUUCUCUGGUCGUGAGACCGUUGUUUUGUUUUGUGGUUUGCUGGCAUUCCCUUCCUUUUCAGGAUAAAUAUGUUAGUGGCGACUCUGUUAAUUUUCGCGGUAGCGACAAGGACAAAGAGGGAAACUUUUAAAACAAAGCCCUAUACACAAAGUUAUUUGGGCGGAACAUUUAAAAGCAAAGCCCUAUAAAACAUCUCUCUGCUUUGGGCCAAGCAGGAGGUCAAAAUAACAGCGAGGUGAUUACUUUGAGCGGCGAACAACAUUCGGAACGUCGACAGCUUUCCAGUAGCAACGAACUCCUCUGUGUAUUAUGUAUUCAGGAAAAUUCUCUCCAGAAUUGUCUUCAGUAUUGACAUUGACCGCUGGUCGAGCAGGAUUUGAAGGUCCUGGUUUGUCACCCUUGUUCUUUGUAGAGUUGAAACGGUCUUCUUCUAGUUCUUGAAGAGCAUAUGAUGAGUCACAAUCUUCAGAAUUUUCAGGAUGUAUUUCCCAGUCUUCAGGAUGAAGAGACUCAUUGUCAGAGACACUUUCCGAGUCAACUGAGGGACCAUCUUCCCCUUCAUCUUCAAAAAUGGCAUUUAUGUGAUAAUAACCAUCUUCAGGAUUAUAAAUCUUGGUAGAUGCGUUGAAGCUGAAAUCUUCAGUAAUUUCAGGCUGCUGAGAAAAUUGACAGGGCUGAUAAGCCUCUUCUGGUUGACUACUAUAUUCAAAGGAAUCUCCCCCAUCCAGUUGGUUGGAUAUCUUCAAUCGCAAUCUUUGAACUUUCAGGUGCAGUAUAUUUCACCAUAUAAUCAUAUUUGCCACUUGGUUGUCCCAAGGUGUCCCAAAUUUCUGCAGGAACAGGCUCAGUUUCUUUGCCUUUGGAUUUCUCUGAAGGAGGAUAUGGUUCUUCCUGAGAUAUGUAUCCUGAGUCAUUGAGAUAACAUUUCCAUUCUUCUUCAGUAUCGGAGAGACCUUCUUCGAUGCAUUCUUCGAUAAGGACAUUAACCUCUUGAGGAAUUGGGUUAAGGAAUCCUCCACUAAUGAAUGUUUCUUUGAUCGGACGAAGGGUUUCAUCCUUCUUGGUACAGUUUGAGAAUGUUGGUGAACAUCCGAGUCCUGCUCUAGUUUCAUUCUUGGUCGGGAUCACAACUUGCCCCCAGCCAGUGGUAGUUCCAUCUUUCACUACUUUUACCGCCUCUUUGUAAGAAGAGAUUGACGCUUUCUUUUUGGAAGAUUCGUCUUCUAAAGAGAGACCUUGGAACUGAGUUCCUUCCAUAUCAUCAGCACCAAUGAAAGAGAAAUUGGAUAAAUGACUCACCAUUAAGGCUUGUUCUCCACUUAUCGUUACCAAUUUUCCAUUUGUUACAAAUUUUAACUUUUGAUGGAGCGUAGAAGUCACUGCCCCUGCUUCAUGGAUCCAUGGUCGUCCUAACAGACAGCUAUAAGCAGCUUGAAUGUCCAUGACCUGGAAGGUGAUUUGAAAUGUAUGUGGACCAAUUGUCAUGGGAAGGUUGACUUCGCCGAUAACAGAUUUUCGCGAACCAUCAAAUGCUUUGACUACUACACCACUGAACUUCAUAGGCAUUCCUUGGUAAGACAAGCGAGCAAGAGUCGUCUUUGGCAUCACAUUCAAGGAAGAUCCGGUGUCUACCAACACAUUAGACAAAGAGUCUGACUGACAGUUCAUAGAAAUGUGCAAAGCAAGAUUGUGAUUUUUGCCCUCCUCGGGGAGUUCUUCAUCACAGAAGCUUAAAUUGUUGCAAGCAGUUAUGUUGGCUAUUAUCCCAUCAAAAUGGUCAACAGUCACAUCAUGAUCUACAAAAGCUUGAUCCAAAACUCUCAUCAGGGCUUCCCUGCGGGCUUCUGAGUUUAAAAGCAAUGAAAGUAUUGAGAUCUUUGAAGGAGUCUGCAUAAGCUGAUCCACAAUUUUGUAUUCACUUCUUUUGAUAAGCUUCAAAAUUUCGUCAAAGUCAGGAUUGACAUUGGUUCCACUGGAUUGACCAACAUCAGUGUUUGUAUUACUGACAGGAGUUUCCUCGGGAUUUCCCACUGGUGUAUUGAUAGGAUUUUGUCCGGUAGCAGGAGCAACAGGCUGCUUCGGAGGUAGUGGAGUAUACACACGUCCACUUCUUGUUACUCGACUUACAUCAGCGAUGUUCACGACAGAUGAAAGAGUAGGUAAAGGAACUUCUUGUCCAUUCUUUAUCAUUGUAGCAUUGUAGUUGUAUGGAACUGCCUUGUCAGAGUCAUAGGGAACAGGUCCAGGUAGACAAAUGAUCAAAGGAGCAAUAGGAACCUUUGGCUUGUUGUAGGUAACUUCUAUGCGCUCAGGCAUGUUGAAAUAAGGAACGAUGACGUUAACUUUAGGCAUUUCCGAGUUGAUAUCUGAGACUAAAAGCUCAUGCGGAUAACAUCCUAUCAUGUUAACUUCAUCUUCAUUCCUAUUUCUGUAGAUCUAAAUAGUACCAUUAUCCAACAGAACUUGGAGAUCUCUUCUCACAAUCGAACAUCCGUGAGGAUCUACACAACAUAUGCUACAGGAACCGUAGUGAUGCUGGCGAAAAUUCUUCCCUUGACAGAGAGUAGCGUGCAUUUGUACCAAAUCUGCUCUUGAGAAAUUGAUAUUAUAGACUCGGUAUGGACCAGGACAUCCAUACACCAUGUUUACAACAUGCCCUCCAUGAUUGGGCAGCGGAUUUGCUUGCACAUUUGGGUUCAAAUUUCUGAAAGAGAGGAGAUUAGAUCUAACCAACCUCUGAACUUCAUAUUUCAAGGCUAUGCAAUGCUCAAGAUCAUGGCUAGGUGCUCCUUGAUGAUAAGGGCAUGAGACCUCAGCUUUGUACCACCAUGGGAGUUUCUCAGGUAUGGGUGGUGGUGCUUUAGUUUGAACAAGACGUCUUUCAAUCAAAGCAGGGUACAAUUCUGUGUAGGUCAUUGGAAUCGGAUCAAACUGUGGAGCUCUUUGUACACGAUUCUGAUUAUUGUUAAACUGUUGAGCCUGUUGUUAUUGAAACUGCGGGGUAAAUCCCGGAUUCGGUGCUGUAUUAAUGGCUGGUGCAAUAGCAGCUACCUGUCGUUGACGAUUGACAUUUCCUCUUGGCCUCCCUUGGGAUACCAUGUCAAUACUUUGUUCCUUCUUCUUUGGGAAACCACUUCCGAACUUUUUGGUUCCGCUUGAAGAUCCACCUUCUUUAGUUAGACGUCCGGUUCAGACCCCUUCUUCUAGACGCAUCCCCAUGUUUACCAUUUCGGUGAAAUCACUUGGAGCACUAGCAAUCAUGCGUUCAUAAUAAAACGGGCCAAGAGUAUUCAAGAAGAUCUUUGUCAUAUCUUUCUCUUUUAACGGUGGAUUAAUCUGAGCAGCAGUUUCUCUCCAUCGUUGGGCAUACUCUUUGAAAGCUUCAUGGUCUUUCUGAGCCAUGGAUCGAAGCUGAUCUCUGUCUGGAGCCAUAUCCGAGUUAUACUUGUAUUUUCGGACAAAGGCCUCACCUAGGUCAUUGAAUGUUCGAAUAUUAGUGCUAUCCAAGCCUGUGUACCACUUCAGUGCGGCACCAGUCAAACUGUCUUGAAAGUAAUGGAUAAGCAACUGAUGAUUAUCUGCAUAAGUAGACAUCUUUCUAGCAUACAUCACAAGAUGGCUUUGUGGACAAGAACUACCUUUGUACUUCUCAAAGUCAGGGACCUUGAAUUUAGCAGGUAUUUGUACACUGGGAACCAAACAUAGUUCUUGGGCAUUCUUUCCAAACAAAUCUUUUCCACGGAUAGCUUUAACUUCCAGCUGCAUCUUGUUAAACUGCUCUUGGAGAUCUCCCACAAGAUUACGCUGAUUUAUGCUAUCAUCCUGAUCAUGAUAAAUCUCAUUGCCACCAUAAGGAACAGUGUGAACCGUAGGGGUCGGAACCGUCAUAGUGGGUUGAGAAAGUGCCAUAGUGAUUUGGGAAAAAGUUACCCCCUGACUUGGAGUGGACAGUGAACUUUGUGCAGCGGGCGCUUCAGUUGUGGUUGUUUGAACCCCAGAGAAAUUAUGGCGAAAACCUGCACCAAAGCUGAAAGGCGGGCCCCAACCUUCUGGCAUGGAGAAAGAUGGAAUGCUGAAUGCAACUGUAGAAACUGGAGUAGUGACUUCAGAUGUCACUGUUGCUUGACUGUUUGGUGGCGGCGGCUGAUUCUGUGCGUCCAUUAAGGAGUCAACCAGAGUAGUGAGACUUUCCAACUUUUCCUGAAGGGUGGUCACUGUACCACGAAGCUCAAUAUUCUCUUGUUCAGAGUGUUCCAUUACUCUUCUUCUGCUUGAACGAGUAUUGUAUCUGUGAUCUGAUUGCGAGCGCGGUCGAGAAACUUUGAGACGCGACAGCUUGACAAUCUAUUGGAGAAAGAUCCAAAAGAUGAGACUCUAUACAACAGACUCGAUAUGCAGAAUGAUGUAUGCAAAAAGAAAUUUAUGAUUUUUCCAAAUAUUUUUAAUAUUAUUUCCUUGCAAACAUUUGAACACAAACUAUUCUUUUAUUGAAAUAAUGGGAAAUGUUACAACAUUGGAGCAUAGCUCCUUACAGAAGCAAAUGAUAAAUAAAAAGCUAAACAAUCCUAAGCAUCUUCAUCAGACGAAGAACCAAAUGCAUUGUGCAGCUUGAGCUUCAUGAUUUCUUUCCCAUAGUAAGCUUUCAAUUUGGCCUUUUCGGUCCUCAGUUUGUCAACAACAUUCUUCCAAUCAUCAGGAGUCGGAGCGUUGCUUGUUGAGCCUUCGAUAUUCUUCUUGCUUUCUUUGAUGUACCUCUUGAUUGCAGCGUCUUUCUGACGAAUCCUCUCAUCUUUGCUCAUGAGCCAUCCAUCUUGAUAAUAGAGAGUUUCUUCGUGAUCUUUCACUCUUUUCUUCAACUUUCUAUUUUCCACAUCAGUUCUACGAAACUUUUCUUCCCAAGCGUCUUUUUCUACCCUCAUCUUAGCCAAAGUGUCUUGGUAUUCCUCCAUAGUGGGAAUGUUGGGUCGUUGAGACACUGCAGGAAACAUGGGUUUUUCAUAAGCAUAAGGCAUUUGGAACUCUUUUGCUCUUUUCUUUACCCAGUAGGUGUAGGCGUCCAUGGCAAUGCAAUUUCUUGCCUCACCUUUUUCUUUCCAUCGGACGUCGUACCAAGCUCUCACCAUUCUUGCUUUCAACCUUUGAGGAUUAUCCCCUUCUCGGUAGAAGUAGCCUUCCACUGAGGGACCAAUGGGUUUAGUUGAAUUUGCAUACCCGAGUUGUCGUCGGGCUAGGACCGGGUUGUAGUUAAUUCCUCCUUGUGUACCAAUGAGGGGUACGUUGGCGAAUUGUCCGCAACUGUCAAUGGUUUCUGUACCACAGCGAGCCAAGGUAUACCAAUGAAUAUCAUUAUUAGUAAGAGACAUAAGUCUUUGAGGCCAACGUAAGCCUUCUCGGUUUUCCGUGAAAAUAGGAGACUCAGGUAAGUGUGAAACAAUCCAUUUGAACAACAAUGGUGCACAACAUACAAUGAUUCCACCGCCUUGGCGAUUCCUAUGAUGGACAGAGAAAUACAUGUCACCAAGUAAAGUCGGAACAGGAUUUCCAAUCAGAAAGAUCUUUAUGGCGUUGAUAUCGACAAAGUUGUCGACGUUGGGAAACAGAACUAACCCAUAGAUGAGCAAGGCUAGUAUAGCUUCAAAAGCUAUCAUGCUACUAGUUUCGAUGAAAUCAAAGGCUUUCUUUAUUAAGAAGUGUGAAGUUAAACCCGGGAGGUUUCCUUUGGUAGUCCAAUUACUCUCUACUUCAGACUUCUUCAAGUGGAUACUUGCUGCAAUGACGUGUGACUUAGGAAUGGCUUCCAAACCAUUGAAGGGUAUUUUGUCAGACACAGGAAUACCCAAAAGAUUGGCAUAUUCUUCCAAGGUCGGUACCAACUGGUAGUCUGGAAAGGUAAAACACCGGUAGAUGGGAUCAUAGAACUGAACCAGAGUCUUGAGAAGUCCUUCAUCAACAUGAGUGUUCAGGAUAGGCAAAAGCUUUCCAUAACUUUUCCUAAAAUCGGGAGGAUCUUGUACAGAAGAUGCUAACUCUCUUAGUUUUUCCACAUCAGGUGCUUUGAAACCGUACUUUUUGGUAUACCUUUUUACCCCUUCCAUAACUUAAUCCUAUAAUGUUUGCAAGGAAAAUUCUCUAAAUUUUUUUGGAAAAAUCAUGUUUUUAUGGAAAAAAGAUGGGUUUUUUAAUGAAUGUAUGAAUGCAUGGAUGCAUGGAUGCCACAUAUUCAAACAUGGUAAAGCAAACAUGGUAGCGCAAACAUGGUAACGCAAACAUGGUACUACAAACAUGGUACACAAACAUGGUAACAAACAUGGUACACAUAGGUUCAAAGGUCCAGCGUCACGAGCAUGAGGUCAGAGAACCAAAAAUGGGAUAGUUCUAGUUAAUCACCUGCACAACAUGUUCUACUGAUACGUCAGAGUCUACAUUUUUCUUUCGGAUAUUACCGGUUUGCACAAUUAAACUUGUGAGCCAGCAAUAUUCUCAAGAAAAACUCGUCUGAGUGUGGUUCUCCGCAUGACAACUAAUCCAAGUCUUCACCUGAAUAGUUUCUGCACCACAACCUAAUAAGGCCAGGAUGGGUUGGGGUUCUACGGCCAACUCAGCUUCUACAGUUCAAUGAAAGUAAUAAUGUCUUCGCUACGAAACAUGCUAAACAUAUAUUACCAACAAGGAACCUCCACUGAGCGGAAGGAUUCUCACGUACGCCUGUACAUGACUAUACCCUCCACCUAAUUCCUAUGUGUACUUAAUCCGGGUUAGGAUUUGUCCAUAAUGUAUCACUUGUAACAGAACCACACAAGUAACAGAACCAGAACCACACAUGUAACAAAAAAUGAAAUGAAAAAUAUAGAAAAUAGAAUUAACCCUUCCUUUGGAAACAAUAAAAAGAUGGUCCCCAGCGAAGUCGCCAUUUUUCUGUCGCGGGGAAAAAUCGUAUCCUUUUUCGGGAUGAGACACCUGAUGCCUUCUUUGGGCUCGAGUGCUCAAAAAAAUGAUUUUUCUUUUGUUCCGACCAAACUUUUUAUUGUUUCCAAAGUAGAAAAAGGAAAAAAGCUGCAAUAACCUUAAAAGUGGGGGAGAGAUCUUUGGGUAAGAGGGUUGGUUAUACGAAGGGAACGUUUUAGCACCCAACGUAUCUAUAGUACUCUAUAGGUUUCUUUUCUAUGUUUUUCAUUCCAUGUUAUUGAGAGGUUCUUGUGAAAUAGGUGGGACCUAAGGUGUUUGUUUGAUUAUGCUCGCAAAGAUCAUCGCGAUCCUCUGCAUACAUAUCCCUUAGAGGGAAUCAGAGCAUCUGUAGCUCGGGGUCUACGGGUGCUAAGGUUUGAAUGGUUUGAGGGAGAAGUUUUGCUCGCCAAGGAUACGACCUUGUGCCUACGUAUUCUCAAAGGGAUGUUGAGAAAGUCAGAGCAAUCGUAGUUCUCACUUAUGCUAGUGGAAGCAAAGGAAAAGAGACAAAUGUCAUCUAAAUGUUCGAUGUAUCUAAUCUAUAUCAUCACAUACAUCUGUUUGAUUUUGUUUGAAAAUCUUUUCAUUAUAAGCCCUGGGCCAUGCCACUUAUGGUGCUUAGAAUGAUAAAGAUGUUUUUUAGCCAGCCUUGUGGCAAAAACUUUCAAUGAAGUCAGCCUUGUGACAAAAAGUUUUGAUUAAUCAGCCAGCCUUGUGGCAAAAGUUUCAAUGAAGUCAGCCUUGUGACAAAAACUUUGAUUAAUCAGCCAGUAUGGUGGCAAAAAGGUUUGAUUGAUUAGCCAGCCUUGUGGCAAAAAAGUUUAGUUGAUUGAUUGAUUGAUUGAUUGUUUGUGAUGAUAUAGAAGAGAUACUCCUAUCAUAGAGAUGAAAAAUGUCUAAUCUCCUAGGGUAUUUGAUUUGGAUAUUGGGGAUGCUUAUAAGAAGCCCGUGGGUCCUUGUACGAAGCCCAAGAGGAGGCUAUCCGAGGGUCCUUGCAUUGUAAGCCCAAGAGGAGGCUAUGGGAGGGACAAUCCAGGGUCCUUGCAUUGUAAGCCCAAGAGGAGGCUAUGGGAGGGACAAGUCGUUUGUACGAAGCCCAAGAGGAGGCAUGGUAUAGUUGGUUUGAGCUCUUAGAGCGAUUUCACCGGGAAACCAUACUCUAUGUCCUAACCUAAACUAGGGAGAUUCUUUGCACGAAGCCCAAUAGGAGGCUAUGGGGAACCUAGUGUUGUACUAAGUUGAACAAGCAUAUAUAUAACACAAUCACAAAUAUGAACAAGUACGAGAAAAUAUGAACAAGUACAUGAACAAAUAUGAACAAUUAUACAUAUAUAUGACAAAGUGUGUGUAUAUAAUGGAGUUUAUGAAGGAAAUAUACUUGUAAGCAUGAUCCAUUUGUAAACACGGGGGAUCGGGACUUAUACUCGGGGAGAGACCCACUUGAGUUUAUUCAAAAGCUAUGUAAACAGGCAUUUACAAAGGGGCUUGGGACUUAUACCUACAUGGAGGCCCAUGGUAUUUUUGGGAAGAUUUCAAGAAAAACCUUCAUUUUUUGAUUAGUUAUUCGAAGUUAAAAAACAAAUUGAACGAGAUAUAUACAAAAAGGUGUGUGUACAAUGAAAUACCUAAUUUCAUGUACAGGAAUGGGACUUAUACCUAUGUGGAGGCCCAUGUUUUAUUUUAUAAAACAUGGUUGAUUGUUUUGUUAAAGAACGCGAGGUUUCGUCGUUUUGAAAAGCUUUGAAAGUUUUGUUUUGAAAAACGUUUUUUGUUUAAAGAAAAACUGUACAAAGAAAAGGAAAGGGACUUAUACUCUCUAAUAUUCGA